GGUCUUCAUCUCUCCCCUCCCCCAACGGUUUUUCAAAAUGUCACACAACAUUGUUGUAGUUAGCGGUUGCGUGCUCCUUGUCCUCUGCUCUUUUAACAUAUCUCGAUUACCUUCGGCCCUUAAGAGUGUAUUCUAGCUUGCAAACUCGUAAAAAUGGAAAUCAGUUUUAAUGGAAAACGAGCUCUUGUUACAGGAGCUGGAAAAGGCAUAGGACGUAACAUAGCCAAGGCACUGGUGAAAUGUGGAGCUGAGGUCAUYGCUUUGACAAGAACACAAGCUGAUCUGGAUUCCCUUGUGAAGGAGGURCCAUCUAUCAAGCCUUUAUGUGUUGACCUGGGUAACAUUGAGGAGGCAAUGAAGGCCAUAGAAGCGCAAGAUGACAUCCACCUUGUUGUCAAUAAUGCUGCUGUCCCUUCUCAAGCAGCCUUCCUCGAUAUCAAGCCAGAAGAUUUUGACAAGGUGAUGUCCAUUAAUCUGAAAGCAGCACUUUUUGUAAGCCAGGCGGUCGCUCGUAAGAUGGUGGAUGGUGGGUAUGGUGGUGCUAUUGUUAAUAUAUCAAGUCUUGGUUCUACAAGAGCCUUCGGUACCUUGGGUACUUGCUGUUGUGCCAAAGCUGGCUUGGACAUUUUGACAAAAGUAAUGGCCCUGGAACUAGGACCACACAAGGUAAAACUUAGUCCAGGAAUAAUCAUAAUAAUUUGNCCAUCUAUCAAGCCUUUAUGUGUUGACCUGGGUAACAUUGAGGAGGCAAUGAAGGCCAUAGAAGCGCAAGAUGACAUCCACCUUGUUGUCAAUAAUGCUGCUGUCCCUUCUCAAGCAGCCUUCCUCGAUAUCAAGCCAGAAGAUUUUGACAAGGUGAUGUCCAUUAAUCUGAAAGCUGCACUUUUUGUAAGCCAGGCGGUCGCUCGUAAGAUGGUGGCUGGUGGGUAUGGUGGUGCUAUUGUUAAUAUAUCAAGUCUUGGUUCUACAAGAGCCUUCGGUACUUUGGGUACUUGCUGCUGUGCCAAAGCUGGCUUGGACAUCUUGACUAAAGUAAUGGCCCUGGAACUAGGACCACACAAGUGGGCAAAGAUGGAGUUCAACUUCAAAGGCAAACGUGCACUUGUCACUGGAGCAGGRAAAGGAAUGGGAAGGAGCACAGCUAUAGCUCUAGCACAAUGCGGAGCUGAGGUUAUCGCGCUAACAAGAACACAAGCUGAUCUGGAUUCGCUUGUAAAGGAGAUGCCAUCCAUUAAGCCUUUAUGUGUUGACCUGGGUAACAUCGAGGAAGCAGUGAAAGCCAUUGAAGAACAGGAUGACAUUCAUUUUCUUGUCAAUAAUGCGGCGGUGAUGAAAAUGGAUCCAUUUUUGCAAGUGAAGCCUGAAGACUUUGAUAAGAUGUCUGCAAUCAAUGUUAAAGCUCCACUUUUUGUUGGCCAGACCGUCGCCCGUAAGAUGGUUGCAGGAGGCUAUGGCGGUUCUAUUGUCAAUAUUUCCAGUCAGGGAUCGAUGAGGGCGUUUGAUGGAGGGUUUUCUCUAUAUUGUUCAAAUAAAGCKUCCGUAGACAUGUUGACUAAAGUGAUGGCGCUUGAAUUAGGACCACACAAGAGGAACAGGACAUCGUCAACGCCAUUUUGUUUCUAUUGAGUGACAACGCAGGAAUGAUCAACGGUGUAAACCUACUAGUUGAUGGAGGAAUAAGYGUCCAUUAGUGAAUAUACUUUGUCAAAUAUUGACAAUAUUGAUAAGUUAGAUAAGUUAUGACAUAAUAGGUGAUAAUAAAGUUUUGGAACUUUUAUCAAA